AUGAAGUUGAUCAUCCUGGAGAAUUACUCUCAGGCCAGCGAGUGGGCGGCCAAGUACAUCCGCAACCGCAUCGUGCAGUUCGGGCCCGGCCCCGGGCGCUUCUUCACGCUGGGGCUGCCCACAGGCAGCACCCCCCUGGGCUGCUACAGCAAACUGGUGGAGUAUCACCGCAACGGGGACCUCUCCUUCAAGUACGUGAAGACUUUCAACAUGGACGAGUACGUGGGUCUCCCAAGGGAUCACCCAGAGAGUUACCAUUCCUUCAUGUGGAAUAACUUCUUCAAGCACAUUGACAUCUCACCAGAAAAUGUCCACAUCUUGGAUGGAAAUGCCCCUGAUCUCCAGGCAGAGUGUGAUGCAUUUGAGGAGAAAAUCAAAGCAGCUGGAGGCAUAGAGCUCUUUGUUGGAGGUAUCGGCCCCGAUGGUCACAUCGCCUUCAACGAGCCAGGAUCCAGUUUGGUGUCCAGGACACGAGUGAAGACCUUGGCCAUGGACACCAUCCUGGCCAAUGCCAGGUUCUUUGAUGGUGACCUCUCCAAAGUGCCCACCAUGGCUUUGACAGUUGGAGUAGGCACUGUCAUGGAUGCCAGAGAGGUGAUGAUCCUGAUCACAGGAGCCCACAAAGCCUUUGCUUUGUACAAAGCCAUCGAGGAUGGUGUGAACCACAUGUGGACGGUGUCGGCCUUCCAGCAGCACCCCAACACCGUGUUCGUGUGUGACGAGGACGCCACGCUGGAGCUCAAGGUCAAAACAGUGAAAUACUUCAAAGGUUUAAUGCUGGUUCACAACAAGCUCGUGGAGCCCUUGUACAGCAUGAAGGAGAUGGGAACAGAGAGGAGCCAGUCCAAGAAGCCAUACAGUGAUUAA